UAGCACAGAGUUACUCACACAGCAGAGCACACUGACAGGCAGCAGGACUGUGCACAUUUUGUGCAUUACAACCCCUUGCAUAGAUUAGCUGCUACUGUCUUUUUCUAAUUGGCAGAAUGGGGAAGGAUAUGCAAGAUAUGGACCUGUACGAUGGAAUGCAAUCUAAAAAGUACUGCAUUCGUGGCAUGCAUGUGGCUAUCAUUGUAGGUGCAGUGGUAGUGGUCGGAGUAGCUGUAGGGCUAGGGGUAGGUCUAACUCGCCCUGAUCCCUGUAAAAGCAACAACGGAGAUGUAACCACUGCCAACACCGCUACCACCACGCAUAGGACCACCACUGCCCCUUCCCCUGCUACCACCCCAGUGCCACCAGAACAGGAGGUUUGUCCGGAACAGGAUGAUAGUAGUGGAGAAUGGAAUAAAUUCAGGUUGCCCACCUACAUUAACCCAGUUCACUAUGAUGUGGAGCUGCACCCUGUAAUGGAACAGGACACUUAUAACGGGACAGUGAGCAUCUGGCUGAAGCUCAGCGACAAGAAGAGCAAACAUCUGUGGCUCCAUAUCAGAGAGUCCAAGAUUAUUGGGCAGCCCAGACUGACAAGAGGCUCAGUCCAGAUCCCCAUACAUCAGUGCUUCCAGUACAAACCCAAUGAAUACCUGGUGCUGGAGGCACAGCAAGAUUUGGAUCCCAACUCACCCACUGAUGAGAGCGACACCUAUUGCCUGACCCUACAGUUUACUGGGAGAUUGGAUGGCUCGCUGGUGGGGUUCUACAGGACAACGUACCAAGAGAAUGGGGUGAUCAAGAGCAUUGCGGCUGCCGAUCAUGAACCAACAGAUGCACGCAAAUCCUUCCCUUGUUUUGAUGAACCCAAUAAAAAAGCAACCUAUACGAUUAGCAUUAUCCAUAGGGAGGAGUAUAAUGCCAUAUCAAACAUGCCUGUGCAGGAAUCAGUCAGCCUUGGAAAUGGGUGGAAGAAAACUCUGUUUGAGAAGUCAGUUCCUAUGAGUACGUAUUUGGUGUGUUUUGCAGUCCACCAGUUCACAUUUGUAGAAAGACUAUCAAAACGUGGCGUUCCACUGAGAAUUUAUGUACAGCCCUUACAAAUCGCAACAGCAGAGUAUGCAGCGGACACAACCAAGAUUGUGUUUGACUUCUUUGAAGAGUAUUUCAACAUGAAUUAUUCCUUGCCAAAAUUAGACCAAAUUGCCAUCCCUGAUUUUGGCACUGGAGCUAUGGAGAACUGGGGACUGAUCACUUACAGAGAAACAAACCUGCUUUAUGAUCCUAAUGAAUCUGCCACAGUGAAUAAACAAAGAGUGGCAGCUGUGAUUGCCCAUGAGCUUGUGCAUCAGUGGUUUGGAAACAUUGUAACUAUGGAUUGGUGGGAUGAUCUCUGGCUAAAUGAAGGCUUUGCCAGCUUCUUUGAAUACAGCGGAGUAGAUGCAGCCGAACCAUCAUGGAACAUGCUUGAUCAGAUUCUGACGGAUGACCUGUUGCCUGUAAUGAGAGAUGAUGCUUUGCUUUCCUCCCACCCAAUCAUUGUGACAGUCUCAACUCCUGCAGAAAUAACAUCAGUAUUUGAUGCCAUAUCCUACAAUAAGGGUGCAUCUAUUUUAAGAAUGCUUGAAGACUGGAUUUCACCUGAAAACUUUAAAAAGGGAUGUCAGGAUUACUUAAAGGAUUAUGUCUUCAAAAAUGCUAAAACAGAUGACUUUUGGAAUUCUCUAGCAAAGGCAAGUGGAAAACCAGUAAAAGAAGUCAUGGACACAUGGACAAGGCAGAUGGGUUACCCAGUGCUUAACGUGGAAUCUACCAAUAUUGUCAAACAAACUCGGUUUCUUUUGGACCCAAGUGCAAAUGCAUUAGAGCCACCGUCAAAAUUCAACUACACGUGGAACAUUCCAGUGACAUUCUACGCAACGAACAAUAAUAGCACAAACCACAAUAUGUUAUACAACAACUCUGUUCCUGCAGACACGGGAAUUACUUUGACUCCAUUUAAUGAUGCUACAGAUGGUUUUUUGAAAAUCAACACCAGACAUCUUGGGUAUUUCCGAGUAAACUAUGAAAUUUCAACUUGGAAUGAACUGAGUGCAUUACUAGUAGCAAACCAUGAGAUAUUUAGUGAUGCAGAUCGAGCAGGCAUAAUUGAUGAUGCAUUUGCGUUGGCAAGGGCAGAGAAGUUGGACUACAACAUCUCCCUUGAUAUGACUAAAUAUCUUGAGAAGGAGGCUGGUUAUUUGACUUGGAGUAGAGUGAUCUCAUCGUUAGCGUAUCUAAGUGACAUGCUCGAAGAUGAUGACACCAUCUAUCCAAAAUUUAAGGAAUAUUUAAGUAAGCAAGUCAAGCCCAUCACACAAAAGCUGGGGUGGGAGGACAAUGGCACUGAUGUUAACAAGCUCCUCCGAGCUUCAGUUCUGGCACUUGCAUGCAAAAUGGGAGACCCAGACGCCCUAAAAACUGCAUCUAGUUUAUUUACAGAUUGGAUUGGUGGAAAAAGCAUUCCAGUGAACCUCCGGCAGCUGGUGUAUCGCUAUGGUAUGCAGCAGUCUGGGACCGUGGAAUCAUGGAAUUAUAUGUUUGAGAAAUACCUUGCUACUUCAUUAGCACAAGAAAAGGAAAAACUGCUACAAGGUCUGGCCUCGGCCAACAGCAUUGAACUUAUAGACAGGUACCUCAAAUUAAUUUACAACACCAGCCUUAUCAAAAGUCAGGAUACCCUGAAUGUGAUAUACUUUAUAUCUGUAUAUAGCCAAAACGGAAAGCAAAUGGCUUGGGACUGGGUCCGGAUUAACUGGGACUAUUUAGUAGACAGAUAUACUAUAACUGAUAGAAACCUCGGCCGUAUUGUCACACGAAUAUCUGGAACAUUUAAUACACCUACGCAACUGUGGCAGAUGGAAAAUUUCUUUGAGAAAUACCCAAAUGCCGGGGCAGGAGAGACACCAAGAAAACAAGCCCUUGAGACUGUGAGAAAUAAUAUUGAAUGGGUGGCAGCAAAUAAAGAAGGAAUCAAGUCCUGGCUGAACAGUCUCUGAACUGCCAAUGGAGAGGGAUGGGAAAACUCCUACUGGCCAAUACCAAAGGAUUAGCAAUGAAUUCUCUUAUUUUUUUUUUUAAUUGUGUGAAUUGUAGUAAAGCAGGGGUGUCCAAACUUUUUUCACCAAGGGCCAUAUGCGGUAAAAUACACAAUCACCCGGGCCACUCACUUGAUGUAAAGUACGUAGGUACGCUGUGCAGGUCCUCUCCAUCUUUAAUUGUGCUGUGUAGGGCGGCAUUUUUUUGGCCACACCCCCUGAUUACAUGUUCAUUUUACAAAUUGUAAAUAAGUAACACACACAUGCUGACUCACA